CCUCACGAUAGCCCCUCAAACUUCGCAAUUGUCGUUCACACCAUCCCUUCAAUUUUAUCUAUACCUAUUCACAGACAAUGUUCGAUCUCCCGAACGCAAAACGCGUUCGUCGCGAAGACAUCCUCUCCCGUGCCUCGUCAGCCUCCCGAUCCCCCUCGCCGCAACCCGAGCCCGCAAAUACCGAUGCGCAUCAACGCCUCGCCAAACUGCUAAACCUCGACACAUUCGUCGCAACGACCACCCAACCAGAAGCCUCUGGACAAGAACCACACCCCGACGAAGCAGACGGCCCGAACAAAGCAGAGGAGGAGGAACAAGAGUUCGAGUUCCGGUUAUUCAGCGCCCCAGCCGCGACGAAAUCGCAAUCGCAAACGCAAGCAACUGGUGACUCCAAGGAUAGUAACGAGAAUACCGCGCAGGGGGCGCAGAAACUACGGAUUAGAUUGCGGUCUCCGACUCCGGAGACGGGAGAUGGACGCUUCGUGAACCCGUUUCGAGGGUGGGGGUACUAUUUCUCGACGCCGACGUUGUCGGGCGUGAAGGUAGACGAGGAUCCGCAGCUGGAAGUACGGAAGAAGCAGUUUGCGGAUGUCGCGGUGUCUGGAGAUGAUCUGUUGGGCUGGGCCAAGAUUUCUUGGCCUGGUUGCCAUCUGCCAUGGCGGGUCAUUCGCUUGAACAGGCAGCAUACGAAACUCCCGCGGGAGUCGAACGAUACAAUCAUUGCGUACAAUGCGGAGAGUGAACCCCAGACUCCCAAGUCCUAUAAGAAGCCGGGCAAGAAGCGUCGUCUGCAGCUGCGCAAGCGCGUUAAGGCCGCGGAGCAGGCAAAGGAAACAGAGGCGGAAAAGCGGAACCGCAAGAAUCGCGAGAGAAAGAUCAAAAGGAGACAGAAGGCCAGAGAGAUCAAAGCUGCCACGGCAGCGGCUACAGGCCAGGCUCUGCCUGUUGAGAUGGAUGAAGACGUAUCCUCGCAAGAAGAGGACAAUUAGGUUCUCGGCAGUUUGCGUGUCUUUUGCGCUGUGCCUCGUUGAUGAUACCCAUGCUCACAUCGCCUUGAUAGAUCUAAUUUGAUAUUCUUUUUGCGAUC